AGCAAUUUUUACAUCGACGUAAAAUCCCUUAGUUCAAUCAUUCUUCGCACAUGUAGACUUUUUGCCUUUUGCUCUGGCGUCUCGGCCAAUCUUUCUUCGAAGUAACUAGUCGUAAUAUUCCUAUCGUGUCAUGCCGAAUAGUAUAGGGGUCAAAUAUGGUGCGAGUAGCCUUCAGGCGGUAGUUAUUCUCGCCCUGCUCACUUUGGCGGAUAAUAUACUCACCAAUGCAUUACCAAUUGCAUUGGGACCUGGGCUUCCCCAGACUCCAGGCUUCUGGAACCUCACGACGACAGCUCUGAUCCUAUCUGUAGUCUCAGAUUUGAUCGGUCAGCCUAUCCUAGCUUACACAGCCUAUCAUUACAAUUUUCGGCAUGCUAUAACUCUCAACAUCUUAAGUAUUGCUACAGCAGCAGUCUUCUCGCUAGUUUCCUCAUUUUGGUGGACCAACGGUUUAGCGUGGACUUUCGCUAUUGCUUCGGCGUUCAAGAUAAUAGGGAGCGGAUCUCAUGCUACAAUAUUCCUAACAAUUAUUGGUAUACGAGAUAAAACUUCUGGUAGCUUGCGCACUUGUCUCAUUUACACGACCGGUGCCGUCGUUGUUCUGAGCCAAACCAUCGCUGCCUCAGUUGGCCCGUUUCUUGCAACGCAAAGUCUAGUCUUGCCGUAUAUCUUUUCCAUUAUAUGCUGCUUUCUGGCGGCAUUUGUCGUGAACGUUUAUGUUACAGCGGAGGAUCUGGCUAAUGGCUGCGAAUGGGCGAGUGAUGCUUGUACGCAACCAUUGCUUUCGCCUCCGGUGGCAAGCUAUGAUGCCUCCUCAGUUAUUCCGCUCGGAAUGAUAAGGACUUAUUCAAAUAGAUGGCAAAGUAAGCCAUCUACGACUAGAAGGGUGCUCAAGUUAUUGGGACUGGUAUUUUUGUUAGCGGCUAUCGCGAAAGCCACCCGUCCCUUGUUCAUAACUUACAUUCAGCAUCGAGUUGGCAUCACACCUUCUGAGGCGAGUUCUCUGUGGCUCAUCCGAACCAUCAUGUCUCUUGUCACUUUCUCCACGUUUCUACCCACAGUUGUAACGCUUUGGAGUAAGAAUCCAUCGCGGCCGACGGGUACCCUAAACUUAUACAUAGCCAAGAUCAGCAUAGUUCUUCUCUCGUUGGGAGCUAUUUUGAUUGGUGUAGCUCGAACAAGGCCAGUUCUUGUGUCAGGCCUUGUAAUCAACACAUUAGGAGUGGCAACAGAUCUGGCUCUUCUAUCAUUCGCGGCAGAUGCAGUACCUGAGAGUAUUGCCAGCUUCUUCUUUAUGACAAUUGCUUCAAUAGAGAGUGCUGGCACGCUGAUUGGGAUUGCGGUUUUAUACCCACUCUACCAAAUGUUCCUCGACGACAACACACUGCUCGGUGGAAUACCAUAUUACGUUUGCGGCGUACGUAUUCCCGUACCUUCUUUCACACAUGUGCUAAAUUGAACUAGGCUCUGUUUAUGAUCUGCGUGGUUAUAGUUUGGAGUCUAAAGCCACUUGCCGUCCCCUAAACUAUGCUGCAAAAAGACAGAGACGUCGCUGUUGUAGGCGAUCUCUGGCUUAUAAACGUUGCCAAACACCUCUAUGAAAUCCAAAACUGUACCCUGAGAGGUGUGCUAUACUAGGAUAAAAUUUGGCGUUGAGAUGUUUGGGGUUAUAGAUCUAAAAGUUCUUUGAGAUUUUGACUACCGUGUAGGCGCUGGACUACAUGGCUUGCAAUGGAUUCGAGCCAUUAUUAACUAGGAAUCUACUGUGAAUUCAGAUAAUGCAUCACAUCUUCCUUUUCACAUGAUAA